GAAAAUCUUUGAGUUUCACAACUGCUGCUGCCAUCUAAUGGCACACAUGUUUGUGUAGUGUUUCUGAAAGUUAAGGAAUAACUAAAAAACUAUCUUCGCGUAGAGACUCUGUGUGUUUACGUUCAGUUUUCUUGAUCGUCUUUUUUUGUGUGUGGUUAAUUGCUGUGAUCAAAAUGGCAUUAAAUCCUGCAUACGAAGCGAUCGGGAAGGGUUUUGUUGCCCAGUACUAUGCUCUUUUCGAUGAUCCAGCUCAGCGGCCCAAUCUGAUUAACAUGUACAACACUGAGACAUCUUUCAUGACUUUCGAAGGGCUGCAAAUACAAGGUGCUGUCAAAAUAAUGGAAAAGCUAACAAGUUUGGCAUUCCAAAAGAUAAACCGAAUUAUUACAGCUGUUGACUCUCAACCAAUGUUUGAUGGUGGUGUAUUAAUAAAUGUCUUGGGAAGAUUGCAGACAGAUGAAGAUCCGCCACAUGCUUAUCUCCAGACAUUUGUACUGAAGCCUAUAGGAACAAGUUUUUUCGUGCAACAUGACUUGUUCCGACUUGCUCUGCACGACACUGUGUAGACGUGAAUGUGGCAGCACAUCCCUCAUGUUGCAGUGUGACGAAGACCCGCCUCACGCCUAUUCACAAGUGUUUGUGCUGAAGCCAGUGGGAAAUUCUUUUUACUGCCAACAUGAUAUAUUCCGUCUGAGCAUCCAUGACAGCGCCUGAUGGACACUGCCAAAUGUGGGACAGCAACAUGCCAAACCUGUGCCGCACUGCCGGUAUGGGGUGUGAUACAGACAUUUGUAUCUGGACAUUGACCACGUGGUUUCGAAUAAGUUACGUGUCACCUGUUACUCGGCCGUUAAAAAUUUAUGAGAAACAUUGUUAAGUUUACUUCAGCGAGUCAUGCUUUUGCAGCUUAACUGUGUCCGGAACCACAUGGUUAUCCGCUUUGUUUUCCUCAGUCUGUUAAUUUCAUUAACGUUGAAAUUUUCUGUGUAACUCAUGUUAAUUGAUAAAGAUUGUAUGCAACACGUAAGUUUGUAAUCCGCAAAUUUUAAAUAUAAAUUGUGCUUAAUGACACUCUGAAACUUAAUUGGACCCAGCCUGUAUUUUUCACUUUUUUGUGUUCAGAAAUUAAGAGACUGUGUUACUGUAUUCAAUCCUCAAAUUAAAAAAAAGAGGAAGUGCUUUCUGUUGUGUUUUUAUAUUGUAAUUAUCAUUCUCAACCAUUUUAAUAUUUUGGGGAAGUUAUUUGUUUGUAGCUUCAGAUAUCUGCUUAGUGAUUUUUAAUAGUAUAUUCACCUUUAGUUUAAUCAUUCUUCAGUAUGUCAUUUAAAAUAUUUAAAAACAGUGGAGUAUCCUUUUGCAUAGGGCUUAUGCAUAACAUUGGAAGAUUUGUAAUUUGUAGAGAUGAGAUACGCCAGACAGCUCCCAUGGCUGUGAAAGUACAUUUAGCACUUCAUUAUAUUGAGCUAUAGCACUUUGCCUCAUUUGGACUGAAUAAAUACGUACUGUGAUACUUGUAA